AUGCCUCUACCAGACCCCCUCCCCAGUCCUCUCACUAAAGAGAUCGCUCGGACAAGACUGGUCAAACAGCAAGGAUUGGAUCCAAUAACACCAUACGAACGAAAGUAUAGCCAUGUGCCUGAGGUCUGGAUUCGUAAUCACCUCUGGGAGCAAACUUCCACCUGUUCCGAAGAGAUCAUCCAAAAGCCCGAAUGUCGCUUACUGGCCGCAGAUCGCAAAGCAGCAUACCUGUGGGACAAGCCUCUCCUCUUCUGGUACUCCUACUCCUACCCUCACCAACCCCGGAAAGGCGGACGCAUGUUUGCAGGCAACCCUACAGUGCGCUUGGCCUCCUUUGACCUCCGUGCCCAGUCCCUGUACCUGCAUCUCCGUGGCUCUCUGACACAGUCACCAUAUCUCCAAGUGUGUACCAAUCCCGAAUAUGUGGCCAAGGACAUAACACGAUACCUCAACUCAGGUAUCUGCUCACCACGUGUCGUCUUGAUCGAUCCUCGCCCACGGCUUCGCGCGGGACUCCCGAUUAUCCACUAUGACUCUGAGCUCGGCCGCUACAGUACCCGUAUGCCUGCAGACGUGUCUCAACUUCGUGAGAGAGCAGGCAUCUCUCCUGAUCAUUAUUUGUGUCUGUGGGAGAUCACGACAGAGGAGAUUGUUCAUGAAUGGGAGUGGACAGAUCCCAGUCAAUCCUGGCAUUGGUAUGAGAAUACCGUCGAGCCAGCGUUGCGCAAACACCAGGAGCAGAGUUGA